AAUAGAGGGAUGGGGUAAUACUAACAUCCGGCACUUCGUGUACAAUCCUUUCACCCGGUCGUAGAGGUAGGCAGCCAAAAGGAAGUCUUUUGUGCAGCGUCUCACGCGUGCCGGCGUCCUGCCUAGCCUCUACCAAACGCUCAAGUUUUGUUCCACUCUAGGCCCAUUUGUCUGAAUGGAGUCCCCGUGUGUGAGGAGGGGAAACGGCUGGUCCGAUCUGCCGCUCGACAUUUUCUACAAGAUCUUCGAGCUGAGCUGCAACGGGAGCUUCAAGCGGAGCUUGGUGCCGUUCCUGGCAUUGUCUGGAGUUUGUACGUCGUGGAGGAGCAACACUUCGAGGCGCUGCUUUCAACGACUUAACAUCUUCUGGCCGCUUCCUGGGCUAGAAGCAAAGCUCUGCAGCAAGCACAAGCGAGAGCUCUUGCACUGCGACUGCAUCCAAGCAUCCAUCUCCGCGCUGAUAUCUCGUCUCCAAGAGGUCCACACUCUCAAGUUCCACAGCGUCCACAAGGCAUUGCAAGCUUCCAAGCUGACGGACUCCGCCUGGAUCAACAUGGCAAGCUCGCUGCGAGAGUUGGACAUCGGCGCCGGUCCCGUGAACUUCCAAGUCUUGGAGCGCAUCUCCAGCUGCAUCAACCUUGAAUCACUCAAGAUCGGGUGCUUGUCAGUCAUGGCACCGGAAAGUGACGAGUUUGCUCCCGAGGCUCGCGGCGUUGUCUUGAGCAAGCUCCACACGCUGGCGAUGGGCGUGAGCUACACGGCGGCACCGCGGAUGCAGCACAAAGGGAUGGAAAAGUUUCUGGAGCUCUGCCCAAAGCUCGAAAUCAUCAAGCUUGUCGUGCAAGGCCGCCACAGCGCCUUCAUCCUCGAGGUUCCUGCGAGCUUGCGAAACUUUGUUCUUCAUGUCCGAGCAGAUCAAACGAGCAAGGUGGUGGUGGUGGCGCCGGGGAUAGCAAAACUUGAGGCCAUGGACAUGCGAAAGGUGGUGGUAGACUCGGCAGCUUGUCUCAAGCGGGUGGUGCUGUGGCCGAAUAUCAUGCUUCAGCUAGGAAAUAAUUGCUCUACGCAAGUGGAGCUGGCUCUACGGGGACUUCACUGGGAGCGGUAUCGACUUCGCGAAAUUCCCAGCGGAGUCAAGAGGAUUUGUUUGGGAGAUGACUUUGGUCAGACUUUCUCGAAGUCCGGGAAGCUCGAGUUCUACAGCCUCUUCUCGACAAUGUUCCCUGGAGGCUCUGUGGAGGAGCUGGAGCUCACGACAGGUGUCCUUUCGAGGGUGUGGUAUGACGAAGAGCGGCGUUUCUCAGUACAGCCUUCGACCCGGACGAUAAAACACGUGUUCCUGGUGGUGGCGGAGGAUGAUAUCAAGGCCAUCGCAAAAGCGGCGAGCAAUCUCGUCUACUCGUGUGGCGUUCAAUGCGUUUCGAUGAUAUCUCCCCGUGACAACCGAGAAGUUUGGAGGUGGCAGCGUACACAUUUGCCAGAUCCUACAAGUUUUGAGAGUUUGCUGCUGGGAGAAUCCACCAGAUCCUAGAAACUUUUGACAGGAAAACUCCACUGUCAAGAUCUUCUCCAUAUAUUGCGCCACGUCGACCCUAAUCCCAACUGCCAAAAGCGCACAUUGGAUUUCGCCUCUAAAUUAGUGGCAAAGCAUGGCACUUUGGACCAAAGUUUUCCUUGCAUUAUUCAAAGUGAGAGUUUUG